ACAGCAGAUAAACGUGCACGUGCACGCACACGGGACCCGCGAGGCGGGGGUGUAUCAGGAGAAUGGUGUCUGUAUGCGAGGGUGUUGAGCAGGGAUGCAGGGCGGAGCUUGGGCGGAGCUUGCACUGAAAAUCCCGGCUUCCUCUUUCUCUCUCUCUCUCUCUCUCUCUCUCUCUCUCCAACUUUCGUCCGUCAUCGCUUGAGUCUCUCUACUAUCAGAUCUGUUAACAGCAGUCGCCGUCGAGGCACCCACUAUAACGUCUUCUCCCUUGUUGGUCAACUCUAUUUCCUGAUCCUGACUUGUCAAAAUCAGCGGCGAGGUUCCCGCACCGACUAUAUGCCACAACUAACUUUGGAGAGACAUUCUUAAAAAAGUUAUGCCAAAAAGUCAAUACCAAUUUUAGUCAAAAGUGAUUAAUAAUGACAGAUCGUUAGACAGUGGACAACUUAUACGAAAAUUUUCAAUGCUUCAUAAAAAUUGCCAUAAAUCUCUGAACUGAAAGUGGAAGAAUUUUUCAAGUCAUGAAAGUGUUAAAAAAGUGAACUGCGAUGUUUAUUUUAGAACUGACACGUUUGAUCUUUUAAAAAUAUUAUGGAUUUUCUUUGAACAAGUUUGCUAGGGUAUUUUUCUUUGAGAACUUUAAAAACAGUGAGUGAACGAAAAUUGAAUUGCACUGCUUAGAUGGUGCUUAGUGGAGGUUUCAGAAGGUGCAAAAUAGAGUUUUAAAUAUGAUGGAGAUACAGCAACAACACUCGCCAGUUGGGGUGGGUCCUCUCGAUUUUUCUCGACGAGGUGUUGCUGAGGCUUCAGCAUUUCGUGUCGUAAAGCCAAAGCAACCAGCUUCUCUUAUUCAUCAGCAAUCACUGCUUUCAGAGACCAAUAAUAAUGAGAAUCUGCAGGAGAGUCCUCAAGUACUUUCGGACAUUGAAGGAGCAUGCAGCGCUCGCUUAAUGUUCCCAAGAGUGUGGGGUCCAUUUGCAAACUCUAAUGAAAUUAACAGUUUGCAGCAUUUCCAGAAAAGUCAUCCAGAACGGUUGUCGUUCGGAGUCGGGCGCCUUGUGGGAUCACCUGCAACUAGAAGUUCUUCAACAUCACAUUCUCCCAGUCCGGAUUCCCCGCAUACUGAAAACCGAGAUAUAGACGUUGACGUCGAUGUUGAGGAAGAAGAAGUAGAUGUGGAUGUGGAAGAAGUCGAAGAUGAAGAUGAAAGAGAAGGUACUAGUAGUCCAACUAGAUCACCAACACCCCCGUCACCUUCUUCAAUCACACCAAGUAUAUUAACGUCGCUUCCUCAUAAAAGAACGGGUGACUCGUUCAGUGUUAGUGCUCUGCUCAGGCCAGAUCCUCCAUCGGCUCACCUUCAAAAUACCUCUCCUUUAAGAGAAUCCGUUCCAACGUCUGUAAGUUCUGCACAUCAACAUCCUCCUCCGUCAUCCAUCUUGUACCCACCCUUACACCUGCAAGGAGGCCUUCUCCCUCCUCAUCCCCACCACCCACUGUCGUACCUGCAUCCACAAUUAUUGCCACAUCAUUUACUUCCUCCUCACCUUCAUCCACUUUUACGAGGUGUUCAUCCCGGACAUCCUAGUCUACACUCUCCACAUGCGGCUCAUGGACUACACCAUCCUCAUCCCCUCGGCGAUGUGUACAGCUGUGUUAAAUGUGAUAAGAUGUUCAGUACUCCUCAUGGCCUCGAAGUUCACGCGAGAAGAUCUCAUAAUGGAAAAAGGCCAUUCGCCUGUGAAUUGUGUAAUAAAACAUUCGGACACGAAAUUAGUUUAACUCAACACAGAGCUGUUCAUUCGGCGGAGAAGGUGUUUGAAUGUAAACAAUGUGGAAAAGCAUUUAAAAGAUCAAGCACACUCAGCACUCAUCUUCUUAUCCACUCGGACACAAGGCCCUACCCAUGUCAAUUUUGCGGUAAACGCUUCCAUCAGAAAAGCGAUAUGAAGAAGCACACUUACAUCCAUACAGGAGAGAAGCCGCAUAAAUGUCAAGUUUGCGGCAAAGCGUUUUCACAAAGCAGCAAUUUAAUAACGCACUCGAGGAAGCACACUGGUUUUAAGCCCUUCGCCUGCGAGCUUUGUGGAAGGGCCUUCCAGCGUAAAGUGGACCUCAGGAGACAUCGAGAGACCCAACACGCCGACUUGGGAACGUCACAUCGUCCGGCGAUUGGUUCUAUACCUCAAAAUAAUUUAACCAAUGGAAAUGCUUCCAUAAUACAAUAAAAGUACUGCGUCAACAAAUUUAUAAAUAUUUAUAAUUCUAUAAGCGGCACACCUAAGAUUGUCAAAUGCGUAGUGUAUCAGUACGACAAUUUGCAUUGAUAUACAGUUGUUAAAGUUUGAGAACUGAGCACAGUAAAAAACUUAUGGAAAUAAUUAACGAUUAGGUAAUCUGCUUGUUUCUGAUUUUCAUAUAUGAAUUUACGGUAUUACAUUCCUAAAGUGCAUUGCUCUGUGUCUUAAAACCAAAAACAAAUUACACUAAUUACUUAUUUAAUAUCAUGAUUUCAUAGAGUCCCUCCAUAUCAUUCUUUAUUAUUAUUUUCCAAAUUUGAGAGAGACGAAAGAAUUAUCUAAUUAAUUUACUGAUCGUAAAAUAAUUCCAACUUUUUUUAUUUUACCGCGUUGAUGAUGAUAAUAAUCGGAGAUCAUAUUUAAAUUUAGUUAAUGGUAAUGAAAUAUAAUCAUAUUGAACUUCUAAAAAAUACGAAACUCCACCCUUUGUGUGGAAAUCAAAUCAUUAUUAUACGUAUUUCUAUACCGAUGCUGUGAUCUGCUCUUAACAUUGAGUUAUCUGCAAUUUACUUAAAAUAACAAAAAAAAAGUUUUUCAGAAACUAAAAAUGAAUGUUUUAUUAACAAUAACUAUCACAAUAUAGAAUCUCAGAAUAUUAUCAUCUAUAAUAGAUUGAAACAAAAAAUGUUUUUGAUAAUAAUAAUUAUAAAUUAUUUCAUUAUCAACUUAUUCUAAUAUAUAUAUGUACAAAGAGAAAAUAUCUUUCAGGUAUUUCGAAGUUGACUGUUUU